GCUGGAUGAUAACUUCCCACACUGUAAUGCUGAUAAAGGUGGAAGGAAAGAGAAAGACAACCAACAGAAAAGUAGAUUGACUCUGUUAUAGCUGCACCACUGGAAGACCUGAAAGAUCAAGCAAGGGAGAGAUUGUCCAGAAGAAAAUCUAUUUAUGAAGUCACUAAGAAUGGAUAUCAACUUGAUAGGACAUAAUUUAUCUGUCAGAGUACAUAUUCUGUACUCAUGUCUUGUAUAUGCUCAUUUACAACAUAAGAUAAUUUUCCCAUUGUACUGUUUCUAUACUUAUACAUUUUUUAUUCCUUUGAGCGUGAAUCACCCAGAGUUUGGUUUUAAGAUGAGCAGCUGUUCACAUCUUUAAAUAAAAACAAAUAAAUAUCCCAAUUAUUUAUAUCUUUAUUUCCCAUUCUGACACAUAUACUAUUCAUCUUCUUUCACAGUCUAUUUAUUCUUUCGGUGUUGAUUUCAUAUUUCCUGGGUUCUAAUAGGGGACGUAAAAUACAAAGGAAGUAAAAUAUUUGAAGGAUGAUAAUAAUUUUUGGCUAUAUAACUGCAAACUGCCCGUAACCGUAUUCCGUGCUUCUUCCGCUCUGGGCCUCUGUGACAGUACUUCAGAAUAGAACCUCCGAGGCCGAACAGCCAGGAGCUGCAGUUCUGGACUCUGGUCCUUAGAGGACGCCCUACAGAAGCCUCUUUCGCACUCUCCUCACCCGGAUUCCAGAUCUUUCUCGAACUCCUGAAGGCUAACCGAGGACGCACGGAAACUGCCGAUACCCAAGUCGGAAUUUCGCGGCGUCCUCGUCUGGCAAUCAGCCGCGCCUGCGCAGAAGAGAGAAAGUGCCGGUUGGCGGUUGUUGUUCCGCAGUGACAACGAGCGAGCGAUCGAGUCGCACAGGUGCCGUCUCCCCGCCGCGAGCACUGUCCCGCGAGGGCCCGCCGCAGUAACGCGGAGGAAGGGCUGAGGAAGAAAGCGGACCGCACCCGCCGCAGUCAUGUCUGUGGUGGGCAUCGACCUGGGCUUUCAGAACUGCUACAUCGCGGUGGCGCGGAGGGGCGGCAUCGAGACCAUCGCCAAUGAGUACAGCGACCGCUGCACCCCAGCCUGUAUAUCUUUGGGAUCCAAAGCCAGGACUAUUGGAAAUGCAGCAAAAAGCCAGGUUAUCACAAAUAUUAAGAAUACAUUACAUGGAUUUAAAAAGCUGCAUGGGAGAGCAUUUAAUGAUCCCUUUAUAAAGUCUGAGAAAGAGAAACUGCCAUAUGAGCUUCAGAAAUUACCUAAUGGAAGUGUAGGAGUGAAGGUACGUUAUUUGGACGAAGAAAGAUUAUUUGCUAUUGAACAAGUUACUGGUAUGCUAUUAGUUAAACUUAAGGAGACAUCAGAAAGUGCACUUAAAAAGCCUGUAGCAGAUUGUGUCAUAUCCAUCCCAAGCUUUUUUACUGAUGCUGAGCGAAGAUCUGUUAUAGCAGCAGUGCAAGUGGCGGGUUUAAAUUGCUUGAGACUAAUGAAUGAAACUACAGCAGUUGCUUUAGCCUAUGGAAUUUAUAAACAGGAUCUACCAGCCCCAGACGAGAGACCAAGGAAUGUGGUUUUUGUAGACAUGGGACAUUCUGCCUACCAGAUUUCUAUUUGUGCUUUUAACAAAGGAAAAUUGAAGGUACUUGCUACUACAUUUGAUCCCUUUUUGGGUGGUAGAAACUUUGAUGAUGCUUUGGUAGAUUAUUUCUGUGAAGAGUUCAGGAUGAAAUAUAAACUUAAUGUUAAGGACAAUGGUCGAGCAUUGCUGCGAUUAUACCAGGAAUGUGAAAAACUGAAGAAGCUGAUGAGUGCAAAUACUUCUGAUCUUCCAGUAAACAUAGAAUGCUUUAUGAAUGACGUUGAUGUCUCUAGCAAAAUGAACAGGGCUCAGUUUGAACAAUUGUGUGCAUCUCUUCUGGCCAGAGUAGAACCUCCUUUGAGAGCAGUGAUGGAACAAGCUAAACUACAGCGUGAAGAUAUUUACAGUGUAGAAAUAGUAGGUGGAGCAACUCGUAUUCCAGCUGUGAAGGAAGAGAUUUGCAAUUUUUUCUGUAAAGAGAUAAGUACCACAUUAAAUGCAGAUGAAGCUGUUGCAAGGGGUUGUGCAUUACAGUGUGCAAUUCUGUCCCCAGCAUUUAAAGUUCGUGAAUUUUCCAUCACAGAUGUUGUUCCUUACUCAAUUACUCUGAGGUGGCAAUCAUCUUAUGAGGAAGGAACAGGUGAAUGUGAAGUCUUCAACAAAAAUCAUGCUUCUCCAUUCUCAAAAGUUAUUACUUUCCACAAAAAAGAGCCUUUUGAAUUGGAAGCAUUUUAUACACAUCCUCAUGAUGUUCCUUAUCCUGAUACAAGAAUAGGUCAUUUUGUUAUUCAAAAUGUUGGUCCCCAAAACGAUGGUGAUAAUUCAAAAGUUAAAGUUAAAGUGCGAGUUAAUAUCCAUGGAAUCUUCAGUGUGGCUAAUGCAUCUGUAGUAGAGAAGCAAAAUUUGGACAAUGAGCCUAAUGAUAUUCCAAUGGACACAGAAUUGUCAUGUAGGAAUCAAAGCAAAGAGGAACCGGCUAAAAUGCAGAUUGAUCAAGAUGACGGUAAUCAAAAGAGCCAAAUAGAACAAAGUCAAACAGAUGAGGAAACUGAUCAUAUAGGUACUGAAGGAAAGACUGCUUCAGGAGAUAAGAUUGAUGCAAAUCAGUCAAGCAAAACAAAGAUCAAGAGCAUUGAUCUACCCAUCCAUGUUAACUUAUAUAGGCAGGUUGAACAGGAUCUUAUUAAUUUGUACAUUGAAAAUGAGGGGAAGAUGAUAAUGCAAGACAUUCUGGAGAAGGAGAAAAAUGAUGCCAAAAAUGCUGUUGAAGAAUAUGUAUAUGAUUUGAGAGAUAAACUUUGUGGCGUCUAUGAUAAAUUCAUAACUGAAGAUGAUUCAAGACAAAUAACAUUAAUGUUAGAGGAUAUAGAAAACUGGCUUUAUGAAGAUGGAGAGGAUCAGCCAAAACAUGUAUAUGUGGAAAAACUUCAGGAAAUGAAAAAAUUUGGUGGCCCUAUUCAUGAUAGAUAUAAGGAAUAUGAAGAAAGACCAAAAGCUUUAUUUGAUUUAGAAAAUAAACUCCAGACGCUUAUGAAAGCUCUAGAAGAAUACGAAAAUAAGGAUAAAAAAUAUGAUCACAUUGAUCCUGUUGAUAUGGAAAAGGUUGAAAAAUUUGCCAGUGAAACUAUGAACUGGUUGAGCUCAAAGAUGCAUAUACAGCACAGACUGAGUUUGACACAGGAUCCUAUUAUUAAGAUGGCAGAAAUAAAAGCAAAAUCUAAGGAACUGGACAAUUUAUGUAAUCCAAUUAUUUACAAACGUAUGUCCAAAGCAGAACCACUGUCUAAAGAUGAAGGAAAAUCUAAUAGUGAACAAAACAGGCCAAUGAAUGGACAAAGCAGCUCUGAUACUAAGUUAGACGAUAGUUGCCAGCAGCCUAAAUCAUCUGAAGAAAUGGACAUGGACUAAGUUUUACAAUUCUUUGAGUUCAUUAAAAACAGUGCAAGUAAUCAGAGGGUCCUUUUUUUCUUAAUUCACACUACAUAUGUUGUUAUUUUAAAAACUUUAUUCUUUUCAGAAAGUGUUUUUCUACAUUCUCAUUGUUCAUUCCAUUAAGCUUAUUGUGAAGCUUUAGUUGAAUGUAGAUUGUAAUCAGUUUAAGCUUAUGAUAUUUUAUAUCAGAAUGGAUACAUUCUGAUACAUCAGAAUUGAUACAUAAAUGACAACAAUCUACCUUAUUCAAAGCUUUUAUUGUAAGCCACUGCUCCUUUAUUCAUGAAAGACCACUGUAUUGCACUUUCGAUGCUGAAGUGUAGAUUUUUGCAUCUUUAUUUUAGAAGAUAUUCAGUUUGACGUGGCUUGGACACUGCCACCAGAAGCACUGAUCUUUUUUAAAUUGUUGUAUUGUUCUAAUUUAAUAUUAAAAUAGAGUUUAGUUGGCAAACUAGUUCAUCUUGUUGAUGUACCACAAAAACCUGUAAGAAUUUUGUUGAUCAAUAUCCAAAGCUUGAAAGGACCUUACACCAGCAGCAUUCUUUGUCAGCAAACUAGUAACAAGAUUUAAAAUAAAACUUGUGGUCCCCGUGUUCACACGGUCCUGUAUCAUAUUUUGUGUUGAUGCCGAGAUGCUCUUAAUGUAAUAGUAUGAAAUUGGAACACUGUAACGAGAGAGGCACAUGUGUUCAUUUCUCUUAAAUACCUCUGACCUAACUGGCUUGGGUUUAUUCAGAAUGCUGUCUUUGACUGUUUUUACAAAAUGCCCUUCUUGGAAUUAAACGUAAAAAAUACAUACAUAAUAUAUUUCAUCAAUUAAUAUUACUUACACACUAUUCCUUAUUUUUGUUUUACUUGGCAAAAAUAAUAUUUUUGGUUUAGAGAUUGGGCUUACAGCAAGUUCAUAAUAGUAAUCAUUUUAGGUAAUUGUCCCAAGCAUUUAUAGAAUAACAUUUGAUAUAUCUUUAACAGAUAGAUAAAACAAGCUACUAACAUUUAAGAUUAAUAUCAGUACAGAUGAAUCUAAAAAAUAAUCUUACAACAUGCUCACACUGCUUAGCAAUUACAUUGUUUUAAUCAAAGUAAUCAUGUGGAGACUGAGAAUCCUUCACUGCUCAUUCCAAUUUUUGGCUGAAAAAUUAUGACAAAAUGAAUGUGUGCUUUUGCAAAAAUCUUGUACAGAUUUCUGUUCUUUUUAUUCCACAUAUAAGUUGAUUUGCUAAAUUAUUAAAUUUUAGAUUUAACUGACUAGAUCCUAAAGAAGAAAUCAAUUUGUUGCUGCUGGCAAAAAAAAAUUCUUCAGCAACCAGAGACAUUGUUUUGUCAUAAGAGGAAUUAUGUGUUCUUUUUCUGAUUAUAGCAUGUGUUUUAGUAUAUCAUAUUCAUAUUGGUGUGGUAUGGUAGACACUGCCUUCCCAUCUGUCCCAACUGAUUAAAAGAAGAGUAACGUACUUGCCAACUACUGUUCAGUCAGCCUAUUCUGCCAGCCACUGGAUUAUAACCAAAUUGAUUUGGAAUGUAGCAUAAAUAACUGAGGAUAGUUUACUAAUGAGAA